CACGACCCUGCUCAUCUUUCUCUUGCUCGAAGUCUCAAUCAACCUCUGCAGUCUUGCGAGAUCUAGGCCUUCCAUGCGACCAAUAGUCUACUCGAUUCCGCGCGUAUAGGAAGAAGGCUGAGCACACUACACAUCAAGCAAGCAAGCAAGAGACAGGCAGCAAAGAUGCCAGCACCUCCGCCGCCUCCACCGCCAAUGCCUGGCAUGGCUGGAGGCGCUCCGCCUCCGCCUCCGCCGCCGCCCGGCAACUUACCCGCGAGACCUGCUGCGAAAGAGGUCAAAGGACGAGGUGCUUUACUUGGUGACAUCACAAAAGGCGCGAAACUCAAGAAAGUGGGGGUGGUGAACGACCGAUCAGCACCCAUCAUUGAUAAACCCAAAGACUCGGCAGGACCACCAGUGGGAGGCGCACCGCCCGUGCCCGGGGGUCUACGGCCGUCGACAGCGGGGGGGAACAGGGCUAGGAGUAACAGUGACCAGCCCGGGAACGCGUCAUCAGGAGGAAGCGUGGAGGCAGCACCACAAUUGGGCGGACUGUUUGCGGGCGGUAUGCCAAAGCUGAGAAAGACGGGCGGAGGAGUGAAUAUGUACGACUCCGACCCGGAGACGACCGCGAGGAAGGCUUCUGCGCCAGUCUCCAGCACACCGUCGAUACCGAACGGACGACCGCCUCCCAGGCCAGGCGUGGCUCCUCCACCGCUUCCUCCAGGAUCCGCGCCCCUACCUCCCUCAGUGUCAGCCCUAAAAAACAAUCUCAGACCUACAAGCACACAUUCAUUAGACAGCGAUAUACGCACGAAACCGAAACCUCCGCCUCCGAUAGGCAAGAAACCGCCCAUGCCCCCGCCAACAUCUCGAAAGCCUUCGGGGUUCGCAUCCAAAUCUAUGCUAAAUCUGCCUACACAUGAGCCUCCACGGCCCUCAUCGAGUCCGGUACCUUCUGCAGCGCCGCCACCACCGCCACCCCUGCCUGGCAGCAGUGCCCCUAAGCUCCCGACACCUCUAUCAAGGCAAAGUCCAUCUCCAUCUACAUUGCCUCCAGUGCCACCGCCUCCUUCUGCACCAGCACCCCGAAUAGCGAAUGUGCGAGACGACGAGAAUGAGUACGACCCAUACAACUAUUCUCGGGCGACACCUCCCGCGCCUCCUCCAAUGCCUCCACAAACGAAUGGUGCACACAAAGAAAUUGGUUUAGCACAGCAAGCUGCAAUGAAUGCGUUUGGAAUGAACAGACAGGGAAGCCCUACGGCUGCACCGCCUGCGCCUCCUCCACCACCACCGCCUCCUAUGUCUCGAGGAACCUCGUCUCCUCCAGCGCCCGCACCACCACCUCCGAAAGCAAGCACACCGGGCGGAAUUCCGUCCGCUGGCGGCGUGUCGUUGGGAUCUGAUGCACCUGGACGCAUGAGUUCCUUUCCCGAUUCAUCAAGCUAUACUUUGACAAAUGGCAGCCGGAAUCGAGCAGAUAGCGGGGCAAGAAACUCUGGUGCGAGGUUUGUCGUGCAAGAUAGCAGAUACAAAUUCCAGGACGAUGGGCAGUUACCGAAACCGAGAGACUUUUCGGGAGGUCCCAAGCGGUAUCGUGCUGGGCGAGGGAGCACUAUACCGUUGGAUCUGAAAGCUUUGGAAUGAUGGAGGAAUCUGAUGUUUAUUGGAAUGUAGCGUUCAAGCCUUUGUCCUCCGUGAGUCCAGCCUGGAGUGGAUUGUCAAGAGUACGAUGUGGAUAUGAUGGGUGUAGAUAGUUGAAUGCCAUCAUAUGGAACAUGACGG